GCUUGGAGGUUGUAGCGGCGGCCUACUGCUGCCCACUCGCUUCGCUUCGCGCUCGUUUUCCGUCGCAAGUUACGAACACUCCUCUAAAGAAAAACAAGCAAGUCUGGUGGGUUGCGGAUCACAAGUGUUGCUCGAGGAGUGCGUGUAUGUGUGUGUGUUCUGCUUACGCCCGUGUGUAACAUCGCUUCCAGGCCGUACUUAUGUGUGCUGUCCGUUUUGCGUCGUGACAACUGGAAUAUACGCCGCCUCCUCCCGCCGCCUUCAACGUUUUUCUCCCGAAAGGAUUCGCAGGUGGUCGCCGAUGACAAUUCGUCUUUUAAGGAUCUAAGCUGCAUGUCUCCAGUACAGAAGCACCACGUCUACAAUGUAUGCUCCUACCCAGUCCGAGCUCCGAGAAAGGCUCGAGAGUCUGCGGUCAUCCAGCUCCACUCCGACCGACUGGGAACAUAGGACACCUCCACGCAACACCAGCAGAAGUCAGAGGCCCAGGCGCUCCAAGGUCAAAAUGGGCUACCACACGUGGACGCCUGGCAUGCUGCACGACCAGCUUAUGGCUGAGCUCAAGACACGAGAGGGCUCACGCUGCAACUGCUGCCCUUAUGGCUACCACAUACACCUCGACUUCGUGCAAUUCUGUGAUUCUCUGAAGGCGCAAGCAGCAAGAAGUAACAUGGACCAGAUUCGGCAACAGUGUCGGGAGAGGCGGCGGCAGCGGAAGUCGCUGCAGUCAUACCUUGGGAUGCUUGACAAUGAGGUGGCCAAGCAGGAUGCCAUCAUUGCUGCUCCUCCAAAGAUACUAGAACUUCGCUCAAAGACACUUCCAAGCGCACCCCCACCUGACUUGCUUGCAUCGAACGACGACACUUUGAACGAAGUUUUUCGCAACUUUGAAGACGUCCUCAGCAGCCACGAAAGGGGCUUUGGAAAUGGCCACGUUGAUGACGGACGCGAGAUUGAAAGCGAGUUGCAAAAGGUCGACCUCCUCCGAAAUGCUCCGAAGUACGCAGAUUCAGCAGUGGUGUCUCCAGGUGCCGAACCAACGCAGAGCUCAGUGCUUCCCUCCCAUUGGCGAGAGGCCGAUCAACGAAAAGCAAGUGAGAUACUGGACAUGGUCUUUGGUCCGGCUCGUUCAAGGAGUGGCUCUACUAGCUCCAUAUCAUCUUUAUCAACAAACUCAUCCAGUGCUGUUCCUGAUUUUCCGGGGCUUAGAGCAGCGUUGGCGGCUCCGCGCCACCACCACGCGGGCAUCAACCGGACUGCAGUGGGGUACAGGGAGCAGGCCGCGACAAGUCCUAGCGGUGGUGGAGGCGGCAACCCGCCGGGUGUAAACCGUGCGGCCCUAGCCAACGUGCGGGAGCUGAUGGCCACCAGUCUCGGACGAAUCAGGCAUCUUGAAGACGAGGUCAAGGCCAUACCGCUCCUGCAGGAGAAGUUAUCUCUUCUGGAAGAAGAAAAAAGGCUGCUCACGCUACAGCUGAAAACAAAAUCAAGCCAACUGUGCCAACGUUCCGUCGGCGUCGGCGACAACCACAUCCUGGGUCCGACAAAGAAAGACGCUGCUGGCGAUGCCCUCGACGAGUACAUCCGCAAGUUGGAAAACCAAAGCAUAGCAGCUGUUCCAAAGACAAGCCACUCAGAUGCCAAAGUGCAAGCUAGCGUCCCAACAACUUCGACACAUUCCAUGACAGUAAGCACGAAAGAAGAUGAGCCAUUUCCUGAGUCUCCGCCUUUGCGUCCAAGCCGAAGUUUAGACCGUGCAAAGCCAAACGCCGUUCGAGUCCAGAAGACAAUAGGUGUUGGGUGCUCUGUCGCAGUGAGGUCUAUUGCAGUUGGUGACAGUGGAGAGCUGCUUCUAAACUCAUUGGCACAAGCCUCAGAACACGAAGGCAGCCAAAAAAAGGUUUCGACACAGGAAUUGGAUGUAGAUUGGACGCUCAUUCCAAGGGCCAAAUUACAACACAUCUGCACACUAUGCACUGAGAGGGGAAAGAGGCAGUUUGAGUGCAAAGAGACAGCCACAGAUCCUGAAGCAGGGAAAGAUGUGCGCAAGAAACUUGAACAGCUGACUUUCGACGUCUGUGAGCCUACAUCCGUUAAGCCGGAGCCACGACCAUGCCUGCAUUGUGAAGAACGUUCCAGACGAGUAUUUGGCCACAGUUCCACGAACACUGAAGCCGUGCUGACAUCUAGCAUAGGUGUAUCUGUCUUGACGUUACAACCAUUCGAGAUUGCUCCACCUGAAAGCCCACAGAGGCCACGGAGGUCACGAAGUCAAGGAGCGCAGACACAGCGAGUCUUGAAAGGAAAUGUUGGCGUUCAGAUUUCUCCCGUGCCUGUGAGGAAGCGUGACGUGAUGCUGCAGGCUGACGUCACUGAGAGGAGGCAUGUUGGACUGCAAGUCAAGACAGUCGAAGCGAAGCCGCUCACUGUUUCCACGGGAACAGGCAUCACAGAUGUGAGAAGGGUCGUCUGUGACCGUUGUGCAAACCUCCGUCAGCGAUCUGUUGCAGUUGGAAACCAUGUCAGUCGGAGAGACAUGGCAGUUUCUAUUUUAUUAGAAGCAGAGAAGGUGUCACAGGGUUGUGGGGAUUGUGCUAUCACAGACGUCCUUUGUGAGAAGUGCCAGCUGAAACAGACCGAGACUAUUGGUGUUGGUGACUUUGAUGUCAACUGCGUUGUCUGCGACGCAUGUAUGGAGAAGUCGACGUCUGAGGAAAAGCCGCCCUCGAUGCAGUCGGUUGGCACGGUGAUGACAUCUUCGGUGGAAGAGCCACGAUCUCCGGAUAGCGUCAGGGGUGUGCGCCUGUGUGACAAGUGCAACUGCCAGAUAACUAGUGUCGCCAAGGACUUCAUAGACAAAAAUGUGCUUGACCCCGUCCUUCCAACCUUGUCGUCUCGCAUUCCAAAGCUGUCGGGCCGAAGUCUGAGAAAACCGGCAGCUCCUCGUGCCUCCUCAGUUCCACCAUCCUCUGAGAACAGGAAUGUCCUCCUAGGAAGCCUUGGGGACCAGAAGAUGGCAGCGAUAAGCCAGCAUCAGCUGAGGGAGCCCCCAGCUAGAAUGACAGAGCGAGCAGAAAAGCAUGAGCCAAGCAAGGAGGUGAAAGCAGCUUGCAAAGUUCUCAACGACUACCUCAUGAAACCCGAGAGAGGGGACCCAAACAAACUGAAAACUGCCGUGUCAUUGAUACAGCAAGAGUGGUUCCAGAUUUCGAGUCCUGCUGACGCAGAUCCAAAUAUGGUUGAAGACUACAUGGACACCUUUGAGGAGUUCUCCCGUCACCUGCUUCAUCGCAUUGUGAACAUGGCUGACGUGAAUGGCAACACAGCCAUCCACUAUGCUGUCUCUCACGGCAACUUCGAUGCAGUGAGCAUUCUUCUCGACUCCAAAGUGUGUGACGUGAGCAAGCAGAACAAGGCAGGGUACACUUGUAUCAUGCUGGUCUCUCUGGCGGAAAUCAAGAAUGACACACAUCGGCUUGUAGUCCAGCGGUUAUUUCAACUGGGGGAUGUGAAUGCCAAGGCCAUGCAGAAUGGCCAGACUGCUCUCAUGCUGGCUGCUAGUCAUGGACGGCUAGAAAUGAUCAAGCUGCUUCUGGACGCUGGUGCUGAGCCAAAUGUGCAGGACAAUGACGGGUCAACGGCGCUCAUGUGCGCUGCGGAGCAUGGGUACAUUGAAAUCGUGCGCGUUCUGCUUGCCCACCCCGAUACCGAGGUCUGUCUUGCAGAUAAUGAUGGAAGCACAGCAUUGACGAUAGCUAUGGAAGCGGGUCACAAGGAUACAGCUCUGCUCAUCUAUGCCAACAGCAACUUCUCGCGAGGCAGCUCUCCAUACUCUUCUUUGAGAAUGCGCAAACGCCCUUCGCCAAGGUCAACGCCUCCCCCAAGCCGCCCGUCCAGGACACCUCCUCCUCCUAGCCCUGCACGGUCAAGACGAACGUCUACCUCUACUGUCAACUGACACCAAGAUUGCAAGUCUUCAAUCGAACCGUUGUCUCUUUAACUUCGGGUUUAGUGUGCACAAUACAGCGCACAGUGUCAUCAAUGCUGCCAACAGAACCACAACAUGAAUCUCACCUUGAGCAUGGCCCGAGAUUCCAUCGCACAGAAACCUUGGAUCUUUUGUGCCUAUUAUUUCGCGUGUAUUAGGUGGUCCUUAUUUUUUUGCCCCCUGUCAUUUGAAGGCGCACUUACUUCUAUGAUAACACUUUCGUUUGCUCAUUUGAUAUACGCUGCAGCCAUCUCGCCUGGUCUCGUUAGUACCCAGGUGCUAGUUGAGAUGCUGGAAAGCGAUUUCUUAGCUAUGACCCAGAAUAUUACUUGAGAGCUAUUUGAUGCUUUGAUGCUCUUUACAUUGAGAAUUAACGAACGGCGGAUCCUUAAAUUAAUUUUUGGCAUGCUGUUUUCAUAGUGCACAUUAUAGGAAGUUGAUGUUAUUUUGCACGGAAUUACUUUCUUUAAUAUAUACAUUCCAGCCUGCAGCUAGGCAACAGGAAUGGGGUGUCAGACAUGUCAGUUCCCUUGUGACAGCUUGUUUCUGGCUUUCAAGUAAACAUCCUACGUGCAUGAUUGGCUGUUUACCAGGUUGUGAUAGAACAAACUUCGUGCCUUAACAAACCAAGAGCCAGAUUUCAAGGUCAUAUAUUUUCGCUAACGAAAUUUUCGAAAAUAUUUGGAAGGCUAAGCAGAGUUUAAUAAAUGUUGUACUACUCUUGUACUUGUCAUUUUCCUAAUGUGAUGUGUUCAAAGCUGUUUAAAGGCAUCUUAGACAAAAUUUUCUGCUUGCAGUCUUCAGCAUUGGAUAGACUUUGAUAGUGUUUGGCUUUUGAGCUUGUCACAAGCAUCGUUUUUUGUAUCCCGUUGAUCAAGUGGCUGUUGUGAGGGUUGAUGUCUCCAGGGCCGUUAUUGUUACUGUGCAGCUUCCAUGCAUUUGACGUUCGUGCGUUGAGACAUGAGCUCUGUGAAAACAUGUAUAUUAAAUGGGUUGUCAUGUGAUUUUAAAGAAGUACUGACUUGACAUUUCUGGCUUAUUAUUAUUAUUAUUUCAAACCCUCUAAACCCUAGACAAAUAUACUGGCAAGCAACAGAAUGGCCUAAAAAAUUUACCAUAAUACUUGUUUCUAUGAGCAAGUUUCAACUUUCAAUACUGAGGAGGUGUUUGUGUCAUGACAUCAUGAUUCAUUAUCUUGCUCUGUUCCUGCAGUAGCUGUGGCUACCACAUGCAAAUGCUGCUCGAACAAAUGUGCGCAGUGUGCUGGUUGAUUUUUUUUUACAAACAAUGGCGUCGUACUUAGCCUUAUCGCUAUGCGACGUCAGCAAAUUUCGCUCUGGGUCAUGAUGUCGUAAUAAUCUUGCUGACACCACGUACGGCGUUUCAAUGCCAAUUUUAAUAUCAAAUCAAAAUGUAUGUGUUUGCCAACAGUCACACUAGCUAAAUGUCAUCCCCUUGCAAGCAAGAAGCACUUGAUAGGGUUUUUAUGAGGGCGAUUCAGAAAGUAAUGCCUCCAAGCCCACUACUUUUCCAAUAGUACUGCAAACAUUUUGAACUCUUUAUCGUUGAUGCACUGAUGUUUAAACUAUGGAAUAUCACUUGCCUCACCUUCCUAUUUCUUCUCGUUCCAGAGUAAUCGAGCAAUCUAUGGCAUCCAGCGGUGACAUCGCAUAAACAGCGAGCUGUAAUUGAAUAUCUGACUGUGGAAGGUUGUGGCUUGUGUGGAGAUUUGAUGCGACUGGAUUUUGCUCUUUCACAGUCCUUGCCCACCUCCGCACAGUGCUGACUUCAACACAGGCAUCCCCGUAAACUGCAGUCGGACUGCAAUGAAUAUUGAUCGGCGCACAACCUUCCGCAGUCAGAAAUUCAAUUACAGUCCGCUGUUUCAACUGGACGAGAAUAGAUAGGAAGGUGAGGCAAGUGACGUUCUAUAGCUUAAACACCAGUGCAUUAACGAUAAAGAGUUUGAAAUGUUUGCAAUACUAUUGGCAAAGUAGUGGGCUUGGAGGCAUUACUUUCUGAAUCACCCUCGUAUAACUUGAAAAAAAAAAAUGUCAGUAAUCUUUUAAAAGGGGGAAAAAAGCAGAUUGAACAAUUAUAGAAGGUGCUUUUUGAUCAACCUAGAGUCGCCAAGUUAGCAGGGUGUAGAAGUGUUGUUUGUUGUAUGAUCCAUGAUUAAUGUUAGAAUGCCUCACAAAUUUUAAGAAAGUCUGCUUGUGAUUGGUGCAAUUGGUGUCAUAGGUGUUCCUUGUCCACAAACGCAAAGAAUGAUCCACCUGUGACAUCAUAAUGUGUUAGCUGAGCAUAGCAGUGUAGAAGUUCUGUGUCCAGGAAAGGAAAAAGAAGCAUGUUGAGAUGAUUCGGUCGCUUAUUGGGGCAGGCACAUACAUGUGUAACUUCAGGGUAAUACAAUGCACUUGAAAUAUAUUAAUGUUUGUGGUAAGGGCUGUAUGAUUGCUUCACGUAGAAGUUGUGCUUGAAUGUCAACAAUGCAGCUUAACGUUGAAAAACUGAGAUAGCAGAAGAUAAAUGGAUUGUGAUAACAACUUAUCUGUUUAGCAGCUGGCAAGAUUUACCUUUUGUGCACUCGUGUUCUAAUCAUUAGUGAGCUCUAAUCAAAAUGCGGUUAGCAAUUAGAGCAGUCUGUGUGUGGCAUUGACUUUCUUUCUGCAUGUUCAUUGUGAUUUCCGAUCAGAAAGAAAGGUGCAAGUUGGUACACCACAGAUGUCUACGCUAGUGAAAUGUUUUUAAAUCUCAAUUUAUCUACCAUGGAUGAGUAAUAUAUUCAUGAUGCACAUUGUUAUCUGUGUGGAAUUUAGACAAAGAAAUCUACCCACACUGAGUUAAGCUCUUUUGCAUUCCAUUACUACAUGAAUGCACGCAAGAGUUUUGUUUUGAGGCGGGUGCUCUGCAGAACCGCAGCUUUUGCGACAUGUGUAGCCGCUUGCUUGUUCUUUCCGUGUAAUUUCCUUUUUUUUUCCUAUGUGGUUCUAGCUAUUCAAGUGUGUGUUCAAGAUGCUGUAGAAAGCUUAUCUUUUUUUUAUAUAUAAUUGUGUGAUACGCAUUAAUGCUUAUAAGCUAUAUUUAUCAUACACUACGAUAUGUACAUGCACUGACUUCUUGAUAUGUUCAGUUGAUGCACUGCAAAAGUUCCAACAGGGUGCUUUUGCUAUUUUUGUGCAAGUUUCUAGUUGUUUUAGUCUGUUUACAAUGCCACCAAGCGAUUGUCUUUUAUGGCCUUUGUAGCUUUUUAUUGGUAAUGUUGUGGGUGUAUAUGUUGCUAGCCUUAUAGGCAUGCCUGCAUGUUGUAGUUUGAGGAAAGCAUUUUAGUUAGCUCAUUUUUGGUGUGCUAGAGGCUUUUUCCAUGCCAGCUUUGCCAUUCUUGGGCACAUGUUCUCACCCAUCACUGGUUGCAUUGAUUAGCUUGUUUUUAUUUGUUCGUCAAUGUGUAAACAAUACUUAAGAGUGACCUGCUUGGAAACUGUUUAAACAAGGACACAAAAAACACCACUGUUCUGCAUUUCGUCACCUUAUUUUUUGAAAUAAAUGAGCUUUAACUUUUCUA